UUUAUUGUGGCUCGAGUUUAUUGUUGAUUGUUCAAAAACGUAAAAUUAAUGAAAAAUGUCUGUUGUAAUUGAAACCACAGUAGGCGACAUAACUGUUGACCUAUUUGUGGAUGAGCGCCCCAUUUCGUGUCUUAACUUCAUUAAGCUGUGUAGAUUUAAAUAUUACAAUUAUAAUCUUUUCCACACAAUUGAACGUGGGUUUAUUGCACAGACCGGCGAUCCUACUGGUGUAGGCAAUGGCGGUAAUUCUAUAUGGGGUGAAGUGGACGGGCCAGAUAAAAGGUUUUUCGAAGCUGAAACUAUACCAAAGAUUUAUCACUCUUCAGCCGGUCUCUUGUCACUUGUUUCUGCAGGAAAAAAUUUAAUUGGAUCGCAAUUCUUUUUCACUUUGGCGCCAAAUUUAUCUUCAUUAGAUGGUAUUCAUUGUGUUAUUGGCGAAGUGGUAGAAGGACAUGAAACACUUCGAAAAAUAAAUGAGGCCAUUGUUGAUGAUAACUUUCGACCUUACCAAGAUAUUCGCAUAACUCAUACAGUUAUAUUAGAAGAUCCUUUCCCAGAUCCAAGUAACUUUUUAUUACCAAGUCGUUCUCCAUCUCCCACACCUCAACGUUUGCAGAAUGGUCGUAUCGCCGCGGAUGAAGACAUUGACGAUACAGAUGGAAAAACUGUCGAAGAGUGGCAAGAGAUGCUUGCGGAGCGAGAAGCAAAAGCGCGAGCAACUAUCCUUGAGAUAGUUGGAGAUUUACCCGAUGCAGAAAUGGCACCACCUGAGAAUGUGCUUUUCGUUUGCAAAUUAAAUCCAGUCACUACUGACGACGAUUUAGAAAUUAUUUUUAGCCGUUUUGGUAAAGUAAAAAAUUGUGAAGUAAUUCGAGAUAAAAAAACAGGUGACUCACUGCAAUACGCAUUUGUUGAGUUCGACGAUCAGAAAUCGUGUGAAGCUGCUUAUUUUAAAAUGGACAAUGUUCUAAUUGAUGACCGCCGAAUUCAUGUUGACUUUUCACAAUCUGUUGCAAAAGUGAAAUGGCGCGGAAAGGGCCGCGGAGUAGAAGGUUCCUUAAAACGAGGUGAAUUCGACAAUUUACGGGAACCCAACAAAAAACAUAGAAUCGAUGAUCGUUAUCGAAAAGACGCUGAUCGGGACCGUUCAAAAAGAAAUAAUUCAAUAGAGCGACGAUUGGCUCGAGAAGAGCGCCAUCGUGAGCAACGGGAAAAGGAUGGAAGACGAGAAAAUAGUUCGCACCGAAGAAGAAGUCGGUAUAAUGAAAUGAUUGAAGAACGUGAGCAAGGACCGUCGCGAGAUCGUUGCAGGCGAUCACGUAGCCAUAGUGGGGGACGUUAUAAAAAAUAUUCUCCAGUUAGAGAACGACCCGAUAGAUAUAAUGAAUCAAAGAACUAUAGACAUAAUAACGAAAAAUCAAAGCUGCGAGAGUAUUCAGAUCACAGAAGUAGUGAAAAGCGGUUAGACAGAAAACGACAAAAUGAAAGGAAUGACAAUGGAUCUAGGAAACCAAAAGCAAAAUCAGAGCGGAGAAAAAAAGAUAGCACAUCCUCAAGUUCCGACAGCGAAAGCUCAAGUAGUGACACAUCUACGGCUACUAGAAGUAGCAGCGAUGUUUCUAGUGACAUAUCUGGUGACAGAAAACGACAAAGACGAAAAAAUAGAAUAGUUAAAAAGAAGAAAAUUAAGAGCAAGACACACAAAAGUAAAAGCAGGCGUAGGAAAUAAUAAAGCUAUUAAUUACUAUUA